UCGUCGACUACGCCAGCACCUCCCGCGCACUCGACCAUGCCCGCCACUUCGACCUUCACCCUCAACACGGGCGCACAGCUCGCCUCCGUCGGCCUCGGCUGCUGGAUGGGCAAGCCUGCCGGUGCAGGCACGCCCGAGAACGACGAGACGCUCGCCAUGGUCAAGAACGCGCUCGAGGCCGGCUACACCCACUUUGACACGGCGGCGGGCUACGGCAACGAGGAAGCCGUCGGCAAGGCGCUGCGCGACAGCGGCAAGCCGCGCUCGUCCUUCUUCGUCACGACCAAGGUCAUCGAUCACGCCGACGUCGCCCGCGAGCUCGACAAGUCGCUCGCCAAGCUCGACAUCGACUACAUCGACCUGUUCCUCAUGCACUGGCCGCUCUCGAUGGACUUCUCGACGGGCAAGAUGACGGCGUUCGGCGAGUCGCCGACCUUCAGCGAGACGUGGGCUCAGAUGGAGAAGCUCCUCGAGACGCACGCCGGCAAGGUCAAGCAGAUCGGCGUGUCCAACUUUUCCGUCAAGAACCUCGAGAUCCUCCUCAAGACGGCCAAGGUCGUGCCCGCCGUCAACCAGGUUGAGGCGCACCCUUACUGCCCGCAAGAGCCCCUGCGCGAGUACUGCGCCGCCAAGGGUAUCCACCUCACCGCCUACUGCCCCGUCGGCCAGUACGACUCGCCGAUCCUGCGCGAGCCGCUCAUCAAGGACCUCGCGGCCAAGUACGGCAAGCCCGGGGGCACGAUCCUCCUCUCGUGGGGCGUCCAGCGCGGGUUCAGCGUCGUGCCCAAGAGCUCGAACCCGCAGCGGCUUCGAGCCAACCGCGACCUCGUCGAGCUCUCGGCCUCGGACCUCGCCGCCAUCUCGUCGCUCCACCUCGAGCCGCACAAGCAUCGCUCGCUGUGCGACUUUGGGCCGGGCCUCGCCGAGCCGGGCAAGGUGUGGGGCUGGCGCAUCAGGGAGGACCUCGGGUGGGAGUACGACGUGCCGAGUCGGGAGGGGGCGGCGUUCCGGCUGUAGCUGCUCGUCUUCUCUCUCUUUCUCUCGGACUCGGCCAACGAGCGAUGCAGUGCGAUACCCUUCUUCAUUGCC